CUUGCAUUAUAUGCACAUGAUCGUUACGAAGAGCUGCAUUCGUUUGCUCGGUCCUGUGUAGUUCGAACAUUAUCUGGAGAAAGUAAACUUCGAGCAGACGACGAGUAAUCUUCUCUAUUAAUCGAAGAAUCGGGAGCGAGACUCUCAAAGACGUGAACAAUGACUCCAUCGAUCGAGCCGCUACCAGUACUGAAUUUGGACUCGGUUCUGGCCCAAAGUCUUGGCAGAGACGUCCAAAUAAAGAACCUAGAAUGGAGACCGUUAACCGCCCCGGGUGACAACUUCGGGAGCAUAAUGUUGGCCGUCGACGUCACAGUGACACGAGCCAACGAAACGGAGACUCUGAACUUGGUCGCGAAACUUCCACCCACGUCGACCUAUUUGCUGCAGCUGUUCAACAGUCCGGUAACGUUCAAGAAAGAGCUACUGUUCUACAGCGUGAUGGCGAAAGAGUUCGAGGAGCUGCAGCUGGAAUGCGGUUUGAAGGAGGAGUCCCUGAGCAUCAUCGCGCCCAAAUACUUUGGCGGGAGGCUAGGUCUGCGGAACCCGGACCAAUUCGACGACCAGGCGCUCAUCGUUUUAGAGAAUCUAAAAUACAGUGGCUACACCACCGAGGACAGAUUAAUGGGACUCGAUAAGAAGCACAUAGAGUUCGCUCUGACCGAACUGGCGAAAUUGCACGCGUUAACCAUCGCUCUGAAGACCAAGAAGCCUUCGUUGUUCGAGAAACUAGAGGCGGGAGUGUUGGAAGACCCUGUAAACGAAACAGCGGAGAAGUGCGUGAUGGACAUGAUUCGAAAGGCGGAGGAAGACAUAAAGGAUAUCGAGGAGGCGAAACCAUACCUAGACCGCGUCACCAGGACCAUCGAGUUUGGCGUCCAGUUGAACAAGAACGCGAAGAAACCGGAGGAACCGUGGGCAACGUUGGUGCACCACGAUUUCUGGGUAAACAACAUGAUGUUCCGACACGACGAGCACGGAGAGUUACUCGACAUGAAGAUCGUAGACUUUCAGUUGUGCAUGUACGAUUACGGUGUCCACGACCUCAUCUUCUUCCUCGUGUCCAGCGCGAAGAACGAGCUCCUGGACAAUAAACUCGACGACAUGAUCGAUUACUAUUAUUACGCUUUCGUUAAAUUGCUGAAGACGCUAGGCGUGGAGACCGUGCAGUUCUCCAAGCAGAAGUUCGACGAGAUCGUGAACGAUUGCGCGCCGAUAAGGUUCAAUCAGUGCAUCAUGAUGGCCCAAGUACUCCUGGCGCCUCGUGGUUCGACUCCGGACACCAACGAGAUAAAGAAAGACAGCUUCCUGAAUCGAAACGUCGACAAUAAGUACACGCAAAAAUUGUUGCACACCGUCAAGCUGUUCGACGAGAGAGGAUGGCUGAUCAAGUAGCGUCCCGUUAAAAAGAUUCUUGCGUUGUUAGUAUAUUUGUUAAAGAAUCGAAGAGAGCAUUUUUAUACGCGAACGUAUUCAAAGUACAAAUUCGUGGAAAACGAUAACGAAUGUUAAUAUGCGCGUACAUAUCGUUAAAGUAUGUAUCGUAAAUUACGUUUACAAGGAGGUAGCUGUGUAUAGAGUAAAUUAGAGAUAGACAACGCGUAGCACCUAAGUCGACUAAUCUCGAGAAAAGACCAAAUAUGUUCGUGAUAUUCGCAACGCUAACGAGCUUUAAAAAUUAGAUAUUUGUUUAAACGAAUUCAACGUCACGCCCUAUGUUCUACGAUGUGAAAACUUGAUUUUUCUUAUAUAAUAAAAAGUGAAGCAUUUUA